UGGCGCUGCUUCUUUUUAGUAAGUGCUUUUGUUGGCAUGGGAACUUGGCACAUGGCCUAUGAAGAAGCUACAUUCCACGCAGCCCUUCGAGAACAGAAAACUUUGGAGGCAGGGAAGGCAUGGUGUAAUAAAUUUGUAGAAAAGAUAGUAAAGCAACAGAUUGAACAGUUGAAGAAUGUGAAAGAGGCUCAUCAACAGAAGAGAAAAAUUGACAUAGGGAUUAUUGGCCUUAGUACCCAUGGAUCUCACAUCGUCAUGGAAGCAGUGCAAGGCAUGAUGCAGGACAAUCUCUCAAACUACCAUUUCAAUGUCGUCACAUCUCAACAGCCAAAUGGAACACUAUUGGAUCAAAUUCAUGAACUUAGUGAGCUAUUACAUGUCCAAGUGUUUAUUGGUCCAGAGAUGGAAACUGAUUUGACGCAUUUGUUGGCUUGGGCUAGAAGAAGAUCGCACCCAAGUCACCUUAUUGUAUUUAUUACCCCAGCAGUUAUAACUGCAGCGCCACAGCUAAAUUUGAGAGGUGAUGAUAAAACUAUUUUAAUUCAAAUGAGUUUGCCAUCAUCUGCCAACUUGGUUGCUACUGCUUACCUGAUAAAACAACAAAACCUGAGUAUGGUGCUUAUGUUGGUAAAUUCUGCUGAUCGUGGACAGUUAAACCAGAUACAAUCUAUGAAGAAUAUUACAGGUGCUGAGGUAAUAAAGGUUACAGUGGAAGAAAUUACACCUGCAACUAAAAUACUUAGGUACAUUGAAACUUCUGUACCUAACAGGAGCAACAUUGGAUUACUCAUAACCAGAAACUAUAUGUUUGGCCUUCUAUCCAGAAUUCCUAGAGACUCCUGGAUCUUCAGUAUUCCAUGGUUUACAACUGUGGAAAGAAUCUUAAAUGAUCCUUAUUUUGAUGAAUAUAACUUUCUCAGCCACAAAAACUUUGAUUUGAGUUAUGCUUUGUUUGUUGGGAAUACAGUAAAGAAUGAAAAAUGGCACCAGAAUGUCAGCAGUCAAAUAAUUAAAAGUGGAGUCUAUAGUGAUUCAGAGACUGAAUACAUUUCUAACAUACUGGAACCAGUAUUUGACUCUUCCAUUGUUGCCACCCACAUUGGAACAUGGCUUACAAACAAGAACAUUUCAGUGAAAGCUUUUCAGAGGAGGUUAUCCUGGGAGUCAUCAAUGUGGGCUGGCAUGUCUGGUCUCUUGAAAAUUGAUGAAUCUCUUAAACGUGAUUAUAAUUCUUAUCUAAGUUUGCAUCUUAAAAACAAUAUAACUGGACAGUUUUUGCAUUAUCCAUCCGGAGAAUGGCAGGCUUUAAAUGAUUUGGCUAUUUGAAAUUUGGCUACUUUUAGUCUCGAUGUAUAUACAUAGUCUUAAUUUAAUUCUCAUUAAUUAUUAUUGGCUAAUAUCUGAUUGGAGUUUUGCUCAAAAUAAUUUUAAUGUGGGAACAUCUUUUACUUGCACAUAAUCAUCAUUUCUUACCAACCAUGACUUGCAAUGAAAUUUUUAUACGUUGGCUGAUAAUAAUUUACAAGGACAGUAUGCGGGUUGCAGGCUAAUGUAGUAGACAGGAAAUACUGGGAAAGAAUGAAAAAAUAUAACUUUCAUUACCUACCAGUUUACAUACGUCACUUACAACCAGAGGAAAGUAGUUAAGGAAGAGCAGUAAUAAGAAAAAAAUGCAUUGCUAACAUUAAUUCGUUCCUUAUGUAUGCUGUCAUUUAUGCAAAUUUACUCAUGAAAAAUGAAAGUGUUCAAUUAAAGGAUAAAGAAUAUUUUACCCCCAAAAAUCUGGAAAAUUAAGAAUUUUUCAAAAAUACUUUUUUUUUUUUUUUUUGCAUAAAAGCUUCUAUAGUUCUAUGCUUUGUUAAAGUGUGAACAUAGGUAUUUAUCAGGAAUGUAAAGGAAGACUUGUGUUUCAGAGAUCAAUUAGAAGUUAUCAGGUUAUGUUAUCUUAUUUUUGGCCUUUAAAUAUUUAUAGUGAUACUUUUUACAAUUUCAGCUGGUAGGCUUUUCCAAAAUAAGGCUAUUUUUAUGUGUGAAGAAAAUCCCACAGCUGGUGUAGAACCUUUUUAAUUCCAUGUUCCAUCCACUGGAAUUAGUAUGGCUAGAUUCAUAUAGUCUGUUAUUUAUACCUUUGAAUAUUUUCAGUUCGUCUGGUAAAAGACCUCUUAAUUGGUGCCUUUUUAGAAUAAAUUUGGGCAAGACAUUCUGCUACUAAUCUUAAAUCUUAUGUCCUUCCUCUGGAAUGGUAACCAGAGUGGCAUAUUGAAAGUGGGUUCUUCCUGGUGCAUUGUAUAAAAUUAGUAUUAACAUUUCAUAAUGGAAGUUGACAUUAAAUGUACCAUACUUU